GGAAUCAAAUGAAAGAAAUUUGUGCUACCUGAGAUUAUGGCUUUUUUGCUGCUUUCAAAGGCCUUAACGUCUCAUUCAAUGAAAAGAAGUGAUAACCUACUUGAGAAAACAUUAGUACUAUCCAGUACAGCAUGUCUUACAGUCUUUUGACUUUAAGAUUGAGCACUUUUUCUGGAAUGCAUUUAGAAUCCACUUGUUCCCAAUGUACAUGGGAGCUACAGGAUAAGAAGCAUUUUUGAAAAGCUGGUCAAUUCAUUUAGGACCCUAAGAGCCUGAACCAAUGUCCAUUGAAUCAAUGGAAAGACUGCUGUACUAUAAACAGAAGAGAAACAAUUCAUGUUGGCAUAUAGACCCUCAUCAAUCUCUCUGCCAAGAUGGAAAACUUGUCAAAUUCCAUAUUCCUGAAAACUCAGGUGAUCAUUCUGGCUUCAUGGACAUAUGUUAUACAAACAAACAAUCUAAAAGGUAACAUUACUGAUAAAUAUUCAACUAAUAAUACAACUCAUAGCUUGUUAGAUUCCACUUGUCCAGUCAAACAUGAUAAUUUAUCAUACCAGUAGUCUCCAUUAUUAAUAUUUUCAACUAAGUUAACCAUGAGCAUGUGUCUAUCUUCAGAGUCAUAGAAGCAUGUGUAACCAUGUUUCCUGGUGGAAUACCUGACAAAAAACACCAACAAAAAUCUGUAUUUCUUUUUCCUAAAUGGAAAACCAUCUUCAUCAGUGCAUUUAGUAUGCGCCGAAAUACUAAAUGGCUUAAUAAGUAUUUUCACUUGCGUCCUCUUAAUCUAUAUGUAAAGAUUCUAGCAAACAACAGCCUGCAGUAGAACCACCCCGUAAGCACUCCAGAUCACAGAUGUAGCCCAUGAUUUGUUUGUCUCUGCAAUGGGGUGUAUUCAACCUUUGCAGUGCCGUUCUGAUGGCCCUGCAGUCCUACUGCACCCCGCUCCAAGAAGGGGCAAGCUGGAAGGACAAGAGCAGUGGAGUUGGAUGCUCCAAGCUUGCCUAGAGAUAUAUGUCUAGGGUGGUCAUUUUGGAAGUGUAGCAGGGUGCUGGUGCAAAGGCACCUAAUUAGCCCCUGCUCAGCCAGCCCCAAUCAGAAGAAAUAGAUUAGGGCUGGGGAGAAGUCUGGUGCCUGGCCUCUGGAACUGGCUGCACCUGUGGGCCUGCUAGUAGAAGAGCUAUAAAGGCUGGCUGGCAGCCAGUGCAGGGAAGGAUGGCCAGGGAAGGGGCAGUCUCUAGGCUGAAGGGAGACCUAAGGGGCCCAGUUGGACUUUGUGACUUGACUGGAGGGUCAGAGAGCCAGCAAAGACCCAGGUGAGAAAAGGACUGAUACUGCACCCGACUGCUCGGAGACUUGGAUUCAUUUUCCAACUCUCUUGGGUGCUUGAGAAGAACCCUCCCCAUGCUACUAACACUGAUGAUUCUGGGCCUUGCUGCCCUUUUUGGUACUUCUGAGAGUCAGACUGGAUGCUAUGGUAACAUAAACAACAUUGAUACCACUGGGGCUUCCUGUGCAACUGCAUCACCAGAAGGCUUAAGUUACUGUGGGGUUGCUGCAUCAGAGAAGAUUGCUGAGAGGGACUUAUAUAAUAUGAACAAAUAUAAAACCAUCAUUAAGAGUGCUGGUGCCAAAAAAUGUGUGGAUCCAGCUGUGAUCGCAGCUAUCAUCUCUCGAGAGUCACAUGCUGGAACUAUCUUAUUGAAUGGCUGGGGUGAUUAUGGAUAUGGAUUUGGUUUGAUGCAGGUUGAUAGACGCUACCAUACAGUGGUUGGAGCAUGGAAUAGCGAGGAACAUGUUCUUCAGGGGACCAGCAUCCUUGUUAGUAUGAUUCAAGGAGUCCAGAAAAAGUUCCCCGGUUGGACAAAGGACCAACAGCUGAAAGGUGGGAUUUCUGCCUAUAAUGCAGGACUAGGAAAUGUCCAGACCUAUCCAAACAUGGAUAUUGGCACAACCCACAAUGACUAUGCCAAUGAUGUUGUUGCACGAGCCAAGUAUUAUAAGAGAAACGGAUACUGAAUCUGGGAAUUCUCUGCUUUUCAGAUACAUUGUGGCUCUUAUAAUAAUAAUUCAGGUGUUCAGGAGAGAUACUAUAUAUUUGGGGGAGAUUAGAAGCUGAAACCUGCAAAACCUUAAUGAUGCAAAUAGGCCCAUUGUCAGUAGUGGGAAGACUUGCUUAAAUAAGGCUUUGCAGGCUCAGGCACCAGAUUUUUAAAUUCUACAGGUAGUUAAACAUUGUAUCAUACCAAAAGAAAUAGUGAUGGGAAUAUUAAUAAUAUUCUACCACAUCUGAUUAUUUCUCUGAGUUAUUAAAGCUGCUCUGUCUAACUAUUUUUAGUCUUCUGCCUUCCAAAUUUUAAACAUCUGCAAAUUUCAAUAUCUGUCAUUGUCUUAAGAAAUAAAAAGUAGUC